GGCAAUACAUUCCUAAAGGGGUGUUCUUAAUUAAGUUGGUGGAGAUGGAGGUUUCGUGCCACUUACGUUGUAGGUUAGUAGGAAUGUUAAUGGUAGUCAUGCUGGUUGGGGUUCAAAAAAUACCAUCUUCUUCUGCACAAACCACUCAGCGUUUUCAAUUUACUGUUGAAUGGAAGAAAGUGAGCCGUUUGUGUCACACAAAGCCACUUCUAACGGUGAAUGGAGAAUAUCCAGGUCCAACCAUUGCAGUCCAUGAAGGUGACGAUGUUGAAGUUAAAGUCACUAAUCGCAUUGCUCAAAAUACUACCAUCCAUUGGCAUGGAAUAAGGCAAUUGAGAACAGGGUGGGCUGAUGGUCCAGCUUACAUUACACAAUGCCCUAUCAAUGGAGGAAAGUCAUACACAUACAAGUUCAAAGUGGUAGACCAAAGAGGCACUCUGUUUUGGCAUGCUCACUAUGCUUGGCAAAGAGCAUCUAUUUAUGGUGCUUUCAUCAUUUACCCUCGCUUGCCUUAUCCUUUCUCAGCUCCAAUCCAAGCUGAAAUACCCAUUAUAUUUGGUGAAUGGUGGAAUGGAGAUGUAGAUACAGUUGAAAAAGAGAUGACCAUGUAUGGAGCUGGACCUAAUUUGUCAGAUGCUUAUACCAUUAAUGGUUUGCCAGGACCUCUCUAUCCUUGCUCUAACGAAGAUACAUUUAAACAAACAGUAGAAAGAGGCAAAACCUACAUGCUUAGAAUCAUCAAUGCAGCACUCAACGACGAGCUCUUCUUUGCAGUAGCUAAUCACACACUAACAGUUGUGGAGAUUGAUGCAGUUUACACAAAACCAUUCAAAACCAAUGCCAUUAUGAUAGCUCCUGGACAAACCACAAAUAUUCUUCUUACUGCUGAUCAACUUCCUGAUUCUUCUGGCAUGUUUGUAAUGGCAGCAAGGCCUUAUGUCACGGGAAUUUUCCCUUUCGACAACUCCACCACCAUCGGUUUCUUGCGCUACAAGCAACCGAGAAUUGCUGAAAAGACCAAGAUCCCAACCAUUCCCAAUGGUAGUUUUGCUCUUGGAAAUCUUCCUGAGAUGACGGACACUGAAUUUGCCACUGAGUUUUCUAACAAGCUCAGGAGCCUUGGAUCCCCUCAGUAUCCAUGUAAUGUGCCUAAAACAGUUGACAAGCGAGUCAUGAUAUCCAUAAGCCUUAAUCUUCAAGAUUGUCCUGCAAACAAAACUUGCAAGGGAUAUAAGGGGAAGAGCUUCUUUGCUUCUAUGAACAACCAAUCUUUUGUUCGUCCUUCCUCUUCAAUAUUGGAAUGCUAUUAUAAGAACCUCAAAAUCAUUAAUAAGUAUGCAGGAUUCCCUGAAAAGCCUCCGAGAGAAUUCGAUUAUACUGGAGGAAAUCCAAUGACACAGAACAUGAACACAGAAUUCGGAAGCAAACUCUUGGUAGUUCCUUAUGGUACAAAUUUAGAACUUGUUUUGCAGGGUACAAAUUUACUUAAUGAGGAGAACCAUCCAAUUCAUGUCCAUGGCCACAAUUUCUUCAUUGUUGGUAAAGGGUUUGGGAAUUUCAAUGCUGCCAAAGAUCCAUCAAAAUACAAUCUUGUUGAUCCUGUAGAAAGGAACACAGUGGCAGUUCCAAGUGGUGGAUGGGCUGCAAUUAGAUUCAAGGCAGAUAAUCCAGGAGUUUGGUUCAUACAUUGCCAUCUUGAAGCGCAUACUUCUUGGGGUCUUGCAAUGGGCUUCAUUGUUAAAAAUGGUCCUGGCCCAUCUCAACGCUUGCUUCCUCCCCCACCAGAUCUUCCCUCCUGUUAACUUUCUACAUUAUAUACAUGUAGGGCUUUUUUUUUCUUUUUUUCUUUUUUUUUUUUUAAUUGUCCAAAAAUAUAUAUAUAGCAAUAACAACUGUCCCAGUAGAGGCAUAUAUGGAAAAAGUUACUAGUCUGGUUGGAGUAACUAUAAAUUUUUGCUAGUGGGGUGGUUGGUCACAAUUAGAAAGUGGUUGUGAAUGUUCAGUAGCAAAAUAGAAUAUGAAGUUUUGAAAAUUUAGGAAUGGUGAUGAUGGAGAAAGUAUUGUUAUAAUGUAACUUGCAUAAAUUGGUGAUCAUUUUCUAGAAUUAUAAAAAUCAACCACUG